GCAUACCCGAUCCGGACCCACACCAAUUACCAAACCUUGAAGAAUCUGAUGACGAGCACGGGCUGCACGGGCUGCUGAACCAGCUGAAGGAAUCCCAGAAAGCCCAUGCUCUUUUCGCUGCUGAUGCGCAGACGAAGGAACAGGUUAAGCCUAAGCUUAAGCCAGUUGAGCCCAGUUCAGCUUCAGAUUCUGAGAUUGAAGUGUUCGGAGGCGACCUCUUCAAGGAGUCAAAAUUCAAGGGCCUCAAGGCCAAUCAACAUGAAGAAGUUGAUUUGGAAGAUGCCCUUGAAAAGCAGAUGGACUAUGUUGUGUAG